UGCGGGUUCCCCCGCGGCGACUCCGGGCGCCUCAGGGCGCGCUUUCCCCGCGGGGGUAGCGGGCCGGGCGGGAGGCGCCGAACCGCAGGGCCGGAGGGAGGGAAGGAGACCUUGGCUGUUGGCGGGCGGCGGGGCCGGGGCACCCCCGAGGCGCUGCGGCUGCACCGCGCUUGAGGCGGGUGCGACGAACCGGGCUGGCGGCUGCCGCCGAGCGAGGCGGGAGUGCGGUGACACUGCGGUGCUGCUCGAAGCUGGUGGAGAACGCGAUUAACUCAGGGCUGUGGCAGGGCCUGACCCCGCGGGUAUCUGCAGGGGGCACGUUCGGGCCGGGGAGCUGCGGCGACAACCACGUUUCCCGGCGGCCGAGCCGGGUGGAAAGCUGAUUGUAAUGCCGUUCUUAAAGCUCUACAGCCCAUUUUUCAGGAGCAGGGAAUGACAGAAACAGUUCAUAACUGGGAAGACCAUGGUUAUUUAGUAACCUACAUCAAAAAAAAUGGCAGUUUUGCCAAUUUGAGAAUUCACCCUCAUGGACUGGUGUUGGUGGAUCUGCAGAGCUACAAUGAUGACAUGAAAGGAAGAGAAGAAGUUGAUCAGCUUCUAAACAAAGUAGAAGAAAGAAUGAAAGAGUUGAUUCAUGAUAACAUAAAAAGGGUGAAACGGUUGCCAGCCAUUUUGAGAGGAGGUGUUAUUGACAGAUACUGGCCCACAGCUGAUGGGCGCCUGGUGGAGUAUGACAUAGAUGAAGUUGUUUAUGAUGAAGAUUCACCUUUUCAGAAUAUUAAAAUUCUGCAUUCAAAACAAUUUGGGAAUAUUCUUAUUCUCAGUGGGGAUGUUAAUCUGGCAGAAAGUGACCUGGCAUAUACUCAAGCCAUAAUGGGCAGUGGAAAGGAAGAUUACACUGGGAAAGAAGUGCUAAUCCUAGGAGGUGGUGAUGGUGGUAUACUAUAUGAGAUAGUCAAACUGAAGCCAAAGAUGGUUACUAUGGUAGAGAUUGACCAAAUGGUGAUUGACGGGUGUAAAAAACACAUGCGUAAAACGUGCGGAGAUGUCUUAGACAAUCUGAAAGGAGACUGCUACCAGGUUUUAAUUGAAGACUGUAUUCCUGUACUGAAGAGGUAUGCCAAAGAAGGAAGAAUGUUUGAUUAUGUAAUUAAUGAUCUGACAGCUGUUCCAAUCUCCACAUCUCCAGAAGAAGAUUCCACAUGGGAAUUUCUACGGUUGAUUCUUGACCUCUCAAUGAAAGUCCUGAAACAAGAUGGAAAAUACUUCACACAGGGAAACUGUAUCAAUCUGACUGAUGCCUUGACUCUGUAUGAAGAACAGCUUAGCAGGCUUUAUUGUCCUGUGGAGUUUUCAAAAGAAACUGUGUGUGUUCCCUCCUACAUGGAAUUAUGGGUAUUCUACACGAUUUGGAAGAAACAGACUAACAUCUGAGCAUCAAGAUUAUUUGAGAUGAUCCUAAAUGUACAUGCUGCAUGGAGCAUAUAGGCCUGCCACAUGCUGCAUAUUGGCAUCUUGAACCUUUAAAUUAUAUAUGCUGUAGAUGAUCCUGAAACUUAGUCAUGCUAUUGAUUGUGAAUUCUUUAAAUGUUUUUUUAUUAUUAUUUUAAUUUAAAAGCAAAUGGAAAAUGUAUAUUUUGACGAGCUAGGGUAUUAUUUUUGAAAGUCAACUUAGAUGAAUAAGCAGCAAAACUAUAUAGCUGCUGACUGCACUGAACCUUUAGAAUGUGAUCCUUUUUAUUUUUUGUAGAUCUUCGCAAACUGGUUGAUUAAAAAAGACAUCUUUAGCAUUUCAUCCCUGAAGGAUGGUCCAUGGAGUUUUUGUUGUUUUUGCUUUUCCAACAGAUUUGUCAUUUAUGGUGCUUUUUAAAAAUGGGUGAGGGUUUUUGUGUGGUUUUGGUUUUUUUAAAUGAACACUGCAAUGCUUCCAUACGGCAAAAGGGCAUAACUAAAAAGAAAAAAAAUCUUGUGGGAGAAUACUCCAAGUCCUUCGUUGACAAGGGAAGAAUGCCAGUCUUAAAUUUUUAUUUACCCUAGCAAUUCAUCACUGCUGUAAUCUCUGCUGCAGAAGAAUCUUUGACCUUUUACCUCCUGGAUUUUUUUAGUUGCUGCCAUAUUGAUUAUUUGGAUUCUGAUAUGGAUUUGACAGUAGCUUUGUACUGAAGCAUGAAGAUCAAGGAUAGGUUUUCAUUCCACCAUGGUGCAAGAAUUUGGGUGUAAUGGGGUUCAUGUGGGCAUAUCCUCUCCCCAGCCUUAUGGGAAGCACUAGAUUUUUGAAGUAAAAGUUGGCUUAGAGGAUGAAGAAAUGUGGGUGUGAUAUGAUCUAUCUUUAUGUGCACCUGUACUGAAUGUUUUGAAGUGUGUGUGUGCUUCAGUAGGGUCAGUGCUGGUUGUAUUGCCACAGAUGGGCCACAUUGUGUGAGGCUCUUGCUCAGUUAGCUUCACUUGCAGUGUAAAAAUCAGUAGAAGCUGGGGUGCCUUGUAGUUCUGUUCUGAAAGAAAAUGCAUUUUUCUUCAGCAGUUUCUCAUGCUAUCAAAAGUUAUAUUUUUGUAAGAGUUUGCUAUGUAGUGACUAAAAUAUUUGUGCUUAAAAAUCCCACUUGAAAGGAGGUAGUAAAGAUAUGACCAAUAUGUGCAUUUUUUACUUUUCCAGGGUAGAAUAAAAAGUGCACUAUUUCCCUGAACACUCUAAUCCUGAGCAAUGAUGUUUCACCAUAUCAACAUUUUCUUAGUUCUAUUGGAGAGAGUUGAUUUGCCCUGCCAAUAUACUGUUAAUGAAAAAAAGUACAAAAGCUGUCCUUUGUUUCUAAACCAUACAUAAAGAAAAAUGUUAUUGCAUCCCACAUAUAUGAACUCUUCCUAGAAUCUGAGUAGCCUAUGCAGAAUUCUAGAAUGACUCGAAAAUCUGCCAAAAUUUGCUUUUUCUUUGGCCUUUAGUUGGUCUAAAUGUUUUUGGUUUCGAUAGCCAAUAGAAGCAUUUUUCAGUCUUACUAUUUUAAACUAUCUCAGUUAAUUCUCUAAUAUACACAGGGCACAGUUCUUCCAUGGCCUGCAGCUUGUGAAUCACUGAAUACUCCCAAAGAACAGAGCUUCCCUCUAAUAGAAUAAAGUUUCCUAUAUUUCUCUGAGUGUUCUAGGUCUGUUGUAGACAUCCCAGAAAAUACUUUGAUAUUAUUACCUGUAAUCUAAUAGAGACUCUUCAUUUAUGAUCCAGGACUGCAGAUGAAUGCAGAUAUCCUGUAAACAGUUGUAUCCAUAACUGUGCAAGCAUGAAUAUUUCCAUUGGUUCUUAGUGUGAUUAGUUAUGUAGAUGAAGUGAAGCCCACAGGGACAGAGCUCAGAGCAUCUGUGUUCCUGAGUGAGCUUGGCAGAUGCAGAAAUCAGUCACAACAGGUGGGGGUGGUUUGGUUUUUAGCAAGGAAACUCGUGAACUAGAAGAUGACUUAAUCUGCUCGUUGUGCCGGGGCUUGUCCUUCCCUUUGGUAUCGCUGCACAGGGAGCUGCUGGAUGUGCAGGGAUGUUCUGUAAAGAUUCCCAGAAUGACCAGGGGACCUGAAUUGCAUAUUAAUAACUGAGAGACAGCAGUGCUUGCAAACUUUUCAACUAAUAGAGUAGGAAGAGAGUUGGAAGAAUUAUCUUUUUUCUUUAACUUUUUUUAACGUAGUGUUUCGCAGUGAUAGAUGCAGUAUAAAGCAGUUCAGCAAACACUGAACAUUAUAUUUUUUUAAGUUGCUGAGUUGAUUUGGAGCAAAUAUAUAUACACAUUGUUAGUCUUUAUUUAUUUGUUGCUGUAGUAUAGAUUUUUUUAAAAGAAAAACAAGUCUGUGUGGUAGAAUUUUCAAAUACAAACUGCUAUAGCUGAUCAAUUUUCCAUGUUUAAGGGCAGUUGGGAAAUGGCUGUGAUUGCUGCACUAUGUAUGCAAACAGUUCCCAAGACAUGGUUACAUUAGAGGUUUCUUAAUUAUUCUUUGCACUAAAUGCUGCUUCCACGUAGAAGUUAUUGAUUGAUAGUAGUUUGUGCAAGGAGAAGACUGCUGGCAUUGUAUCUACUGCAUCAGUGCAGUGCACGUGUUAAAAUAAAGGUACGCUGUCAUUAUUUGUGUGUUUGAAUUGUUAAAUCCAUUGUGGACUCUGUGUUCAUAUGACAGAAUUGAUGGGUAUGAUGAUUGCCAUUGUACCUCCUCUUACCUUGUUGCAUAAAGGUACUUCCUGGUCCUUUUAUUGAGUAUCUUUUCUGUCUCAGAGUAAUAAAUUGUUAUUUUCCAUAUAAUAAAUGCUCAGGUAAGAUACUCUG